AUGGACCAACGUGGAUCUGGUCAUAGUACUCGCCUGGAUUGCGUCACAAUGCCGAUUAAUAUCACCGGGUCUCCGCAGGGCAAUUCUUUUGAAAUAUCGCAAGUCCCAGCAUGUGCUCACGAAUUGGAAAAGAAAUACGGAGACCUUGCUUCAUUUUCAAUCACAAGCGCUGCGACAGAUGUGGCAACUUUCAUUUCUGGCUUUACGAAUGGUUUGAACACGAUCGUGUGUGGUUUGAACUUUGGUACUUUGAUUGUGGAACGUUUAAUUCAUCUGAGUCCCCCUGAAGUGACGGGGUAUGUUCUGGAUGGUUUUGCCGGGAUAUCGGGUGCAUCGCGAGACAAAACCCUGUUUUAUUCAUCUUCUGACUCCACUUUUGGAGAGGUGGGUGAUGCCUUCAUGGCAUUAUGCGCGGAAAAUAAGCGACCAUUCUUCCGGACGCUAGCAUUGCGCACAAUAAUCCCUCCUAUUGUCUACAGACUGAAUCGUUGUGAGCCCAAAGAUAUUAGCGUGCUGAAGCAUUUCUUCAAGGUUUCGAAAGCAGUUCAAUCUAAACGAGGCGACGACAGUGCGCCUGUAUCGCCUCUGCUUGAAUAUCUCGUCAACUAUUCUGAAAUGUGGGAAAAACCGACGCCAUCGAUCGCAGAAAUGACCUCACGUGUCACGGACGCGUCAAUAUCGCCUGCACUAGUGUAUUCAGACGUCCCGAUCUACUGUGCUUUCUCGAAAGAAGAAUCGGCUGUAUGCGACAAACUUAGUCUAGGAGACUACCGCGGCAACGGCAUUAUUUACGAAGUCGACAAAUACUGGAACAAGAGUGCUAAGAUUCCUCCUCAGGCUAGUGUUCUUUUGCUGAGCGGUAAAUUGGACCCGGUGACGCCGCACAAAUAUGCUAAAAGUUUGAUGGAAGCACUUAUCGGCGAGAGGAAGGAGUUGGUUACUUUUGAGUACGCCGCUAUAAGCGCCUUAUUGCCAUAUCCAAUAAACGAAGACAAGGACAGUUGCGGCAUGAAGCUACUGGUAUCAUACGUGACCAAUGACGGCGAUUUGACGCUUCUUGAUAAGUCUUGCGUCGAAGAGAUGCCCGCGUUCAAUAUGAGUCCAACGGAUGCCAGUUUGUACUUCUGUUUGGGUACGAACGAUCCAUAUGACGGAAUGCACAUUAAAGGUCUACUACCAAGUAUCCUCGCUUCAAUCAAGAGCUGA